UGGAUAUAAACAAUAUCAGGGUUACAUUGUGUAACGCGCAGUUUCUAACAUAUUUCAACUUUAUCUCCAGACACACUGAAGAUGAAUUUGAAAUAAAUUCGAAACUAUGCGGUUACUCAAUAUAAUCUUCAUAUUGCUUUAAUAUCCAAUUUUAUUGGUAGUAAAAAUAUAAAAAGUAUAGAAUUUAAAUACAUAUUCUCUUUUUUAAUAUCUAAUAUUUUUUCGUGACCUGUAUAUAUUAGAUGACCUCUAGAAGACGACCUUUAUCCCGAGAAGAGCAGAUAAUAAGAAAGCGCGAGAAGGAGUACCAACACCAAAAAUUCUGGGGGGACCAACAAAAGUACUACGAUCACUGGGAAAAAGCUAACACUAAAUACGAAGAAUGGACGUCGCCCAGAUAUUACGACACCAACACCCAGCUGGUGAAACAGGUGCAAAUGGAGAAGAUCUUGCAGGAAAGGCGGGAAUUGAGAAGGAGGAAACUGAGGAAACUUUUUGAAGACGAGAGACAGCUUUGGGAAGUGGAAUUAAUGGAACACAAGAAUAAAGAAGCAAUCAGUCCGAGAAAUAUUCGACAAAGACCCGACGACAUACCUACUGAAAUAUUGAAACAGGUGCAUCAAGGUAUCAAAGAACGAGAGGAAGAGAAACGAAGAAAGGAGUCCGAGCUGAGGUUGUAUCACCAAUGGAGGAACGACAACUCCUUCAUCCAAGACUACGAGAGGGCAAAAAGAUCCAAGGAUAUCAAAACAAGCUGGCUACAUCAGCAAAUGGCUAAGAGGGAGCGGAAGGAAAAAGAACUAGCUGAGGAGAAACGCUUGCUUUUGGAUCGCGAAGAAAGGUUAAGAACUGAAAAAGAAAGAGACGAAGAAAGAAAAAAACAAACAGAAAGAAGAAAUAAAGAACUAAAAGAAAUAAUAGAUAAACAGGUAGAGGAAAUUCAAGUCAGACAAACAAUAACGGCAAGAUUAAGGGACAAGGAAGUAGAAGAGAGAAGGAGGCGAAACGAACUAAUCGACUUGGAAGAGAGACAGAAAAGAAUGGGCGAUUUGGCUAAGCAAAGAGAAGUAGCUCUUUCCAACAUCAAGCAGCAUAAGAUGAAGUUGAAACAGAAACUAAAGAAUAUACAGGACAGUCUCUUGGAACAGGAGGAAAUAAUGAAACGUUUGAGAGAUUUGGAAGUGGCCGAAGGGAUUGAAGACGAGAGGUUAAAAUCGGACGUCAAGCAAAGCAUAGAAGAAUUUUUGAAAAUCUCAGGAGAGCAAAAGAGGCUGGAAAAGCUCAGGGAAAAAAAUAUGCAGUUUAUGUUCGAUUCAGAGGUUCAGGCAAUGUACGAGAGACAGUCGGAGAUUUGGGAUAACGAGGAAAGGUCGAGGAAAAAACUAAUCGAAGAUGUCCUUGCAACAGUGGCAGAACAAAUUGAAAGAAAUUGUCAAAAGACCAGAGAAGAACAAGAAGAUUCGAUUAAAGAGAGGGAGAUGCUGAUCAAGAUGACGGAAGACUACAAUACAGAGCUUGUGAAGUUGCAAGAUGAAGAGAAGGAGAGACAGUUGAAACGAAAGGAGGAGUUGGACAGACAAGUAAAAAAGAAGCAAGAAGAUAGAAAGGCUCUAGAAGAAGAUGACAAGUUGAAGAAGGUGACCGAGGAGUUAGAGAGAGCUAAGAUUGAGGAAGAGAGAUUGAAGAGGGAGAUAAUGAAUUUGCAUAGAGGACAAGGGUUGUACAGACCAUCUAACAGAAGUAAUAUAAUAUUUUAAUGUAUGUAAUUCUUUGUAAUUUGCGAUGUUAUACUGUUGAAUGAAGAUUUAAUGUUUUUGUAUAUGGAUCAGAUUUAAAAAAUAUAUAAUUAUAUUGAGGAAAAAUAUAUUCUACCUUUUCAAUU